AUGGCGCCGGGCGGUCUCUCCGCACAGCCCUGCUUCCUCAAGGACUGGGAGCUCCACGUCCACUUCAAGAUCCAUGGAGCCGGCAAGAAGAACCUGCACGGGGACGGCCUGGCUCUGUGGUACACGCAGGAGCGCCUGGUGCCAGGUCCUGUCUUUGGCAGCAAGGACAACUUUCACGGACUGGCUAUUUUCCUUGAUACGUAUCCCAACGAUGAAGCGACAGAGCGCAUGUUCCCCUAUAUCUCCGCGAUGGUGAACAAUGGCUCCCUGACAUACGACCACAGUAAGGACGGGCGCUGGACAGAGCUGGCGGGAUGCACCGCCGACCUUCGGAACCAGAACCAUGACACUUUCCUGGCAAUUCGGUACUCCCGAGGCCGCCUGACGGUGAUGACUGACGUGGAAGAUAAAAACGAAUGGAAGAACUGCAUUGACAUUGCAGGGGUGCAGCUGCCAACCGGCUAUUUCUUUGGUGCUUCUGCUGGCACUGGAGAUUUGUCUGACAAUCACGACAUUAUCUCAAUGAAGCUAUUCCAGCUCAUGGUGGAGCACCCUCUAGAAGAUGAGACUGUUGACUGGACUAAGAUUGAGCCUAGCGUCAGCCUCCUUAAAUCUCCCAAAGACAAUGUGGAUGACCCAACGGGGAAUUUCCGAAGUGGUCCUCUGACGGGCUGGAAGGUGUUCCUUCUGCUACUGUGCGCGCUGCUGGGCAUCAUUGUGUGCGCUGUGGUGGGAGCUGUGGUCUUCCAGAAACGCCAGGAGCGGAACAAGCGUUUCUACUAGAGAAGACAUGGGCCGUGGCCUGUGCCCAAACCCAUCUUUUCUAUGGGGAGCUGCAAAAACUGUGGUUUCUAAACGCUGUUUCUGGGAAAUAUCAGAAGUAUUUUCUUAUCUGUCUGUUUGGCUGUAACCCCUGCCUGGCAUCGGGCGCGUUGGACCGAGGGGGGUG